AUGAAGGUGUUUUGGUUGACGAUAUUGCCUGCACUGACCACAGCGGCGAUUUGCCUCAAAGACACUCUGCUUCCUGUAUGCGGCGGCGAGUUCAAGGCGUACAACUCGACCUUCCUUCCGAAUCUUUUGGGCCAAUGGUCGGCCUCAGAAGUGGCCCAGACCGCAGCAGCCCUCUUUCCUCUCCGCGCUGUUGGCUGCUCCGCGCAUUUGGAUCUCUUUCUUUGCUCAACUCUUUCCCCAGUCUGCCCUGGCUCCAAUCCUGAAGGCGUUUUGCCCUAUUUGAUCCCGAUUCCACCCUGCCAGAAUUUGUGCGAAAUCGUUGUUUCCGAUUGUUCUGGAAUCAUGGAAGAGUUCGGCAUUGAUCUUCCCGAACUUUUCAACUGCCGGCAAUUUCCUGACUCUCGAACGCAGCCAAGCGCUUCUUGCAUUCCUCCAUCAGACCACACCGAGCCUCUGCCAAAAUCACUCAUCAAAUGGACCAAAACCCAAGUCAAACUUGAUCCAGCCGUCUCCAAAGGUCUCCAGCAACAGUGCCCCAAAGCCCUGAUGACUUCUGAUGCUUCCAAAACCUUCGCUGGAAUCGCCUCCUGCGAAAAGCCCUGCGACCCGAUGGCAAAAGAAACUCGAGAUGUCACUUUGGUCCGAAUGGUGAUGGCUGUCUUUUGCGUUGUUUCUGCUAUGAUUUCUUCGUUCUCCAUCAUCAUCUUUCUCAAAGAUCGAAAACGAUUUGUCUAUCCCGAACGACCAACGCUGUACUUUGCCCUCUGCUACUUCAUCAUUUCCAUCACUGUUCUUGCCACGCUCAUUUCUCCAGAAGAAUCUGCCUGCGCUGCUAAAAGUGAUGAAUCUGGCAUUUCUGCGCUUUUUGCUGGCUGGAAGUCAAGCCAGUGCGUCGCUACUUUUUCCAUUGUCUUCUUUUUUCAAGUUGCUGCGACCAUGUGGUGGCUUGUCCUGGUCCUUAUCUGGGGUCUAUCCCUCAUCCUCGACCUCAACCUCGAAGUCAUCGAAUCCAAAGGCCGCUACCUCCACCUCUUCGCCUGGACACCCGCGUUGGCACUCACAACGAUCGCCGUUCUCCAAAAACGCAUCCAGGCCGACCCGUUUCUCGGAAUUUGCGCACUUGACGGCGACCUCUCGAGCUUUUACUUUUUCUCGCUUCUUCCUCUCGUCAGCUUGACUCUCGUUGGUCUCGUCACUUUCAUCGCCGGUUUGAAGAAACUGCUCUGCGUCAACUCCGACUUUGGAUCCGUCUUUACCUCUGCCCCGAAGCUGGAACAGUUUCUCUUUAGAAUCUCCGCCUUUUCUUGCUGCUUUCUCAUCCCCAAAAUCGCCGAGGAAAUUCUCAAGAUGUCAUUCUCCAGCUUGGCCCCUCUUCUCGAAUCUACCUGGUACCACGACAACUGCGCAGAUCUUGGCGUCCCUUGCCCGCUCGGAGUUAGCCCAAACAAAUACAUCGAGCCCCUGACCGUCCUUCUUCGCUACGUCUUCUUCAUCAUUCCAAGCUGGGCUCCAAUGGUCUGGCUCGCUAAUGGAAAAAGCCUUCGCGCCUGGGGAAUCAACUCAGACUCCCAUUCAGCUGGAAUCGAAAGCUCGCUGGAAGACUCAUCUCUGUCCAGCUCACAGCAUUCCCGGGAAGACUCUCAAAUCCAAACUGUAUAA